AAUGCUUCAAUGCUGCAAUUAAUUAAAUAGUUAUUGGACGGCAAUUAGAUAUUCGAUCGAAAAUUAGUCUUGUCGUGAUAAGUUAUAAUACAUCAGUUUUCCUACACGCAAUAUUUACUCUCACUUGAAAAGUGUUACUUCGUCACUGGUGACUGGAGUAGAAGAGUACGGGAGACGACGCGCGACCCGAAGCGCAGAGUAGCUCGGGAUAAUCGCUGAGGCAGGCGCACCGCUGGCUUGUGUCCAAGUAGUAGUGAGUAGUGCCUCUAUCGGCAUCAACGAGCAGUAUAGUGGCAGAGACUGUACCAUCACCUCCACUCAAAUGCAAUCGACGGCAAUAGAUAGUAAUAGAAGUACGGUGGUUGAACAAUUUACAAGUUUUUCGGUUGUUUCACAGCUUCUCUUCUUGUGUCACUCUGUCACUUGACUGAUAGCUGCGUGAUAUAUUAGUAACGAUGAAGUGAUCAUUUCUGCCCAGAUAACCAAAGAUAUUGUGAUCGUGUCAGGGCAGCGUGACGAGAUGCGACCUUCUAAUGCAAUGCACGACGACGGGUUUCUUCGACCAAACGGCGGUCAUAUUUGAAGUUGAAGGAAGAGAAAGACACAGCUGAAUCGAUUGAUCGGAUCGAUGAAAGGAAUCGAACAGAUUUACGAAUGAAGUUGAAUAAAAACGCGGUGGACAAGGAGGAGGAGGACGAAGAAGAAAAACACAAGAUAAAAGUCAUUCAUCCAAUAUCAUCAGACAAACGAACAAGAACAUUAACAUUAAUGCUACGAAAGAUAACUGCUUUGCAAUCGCGUUGGUGAUCGACAAUUUGAACUUGUCGUCACUUCGUGUGUCCGAUGCUGAACGAAAGACUCGAGGCGGACAAUACAUUGGCGGACGGGGAACGUAAUGUUAAUGCCGUGGUUACCGGUCCGACGUUUUCAUCGUUAUCGUCGUCGUGUACAGUGCCCUAUAUCGGCACCGAUCAGGACUACGUGUUCGAAGGUGGCGGUAUGUCGAUGUUGCAGCAGCUUGGUGCAGGCGGUCGCGGAAACACCGAUUGUAUUACUGGCGGAGGAGAUCUCGGGUUCAAUGCAUCGAUAGGAGGAUCGGGGACUGGAUUAGGUGGUGGGAUAGGAUUCGGUGGAAUCGGUACUGAAGGAACUGCGGGAGGAAUUGCAGUAAUGGGUGGAAGAGGAGGAGGAGUAGGAGGAGGAGGAGUAGGAGUAGGAGCAAGUGGUGGAAACAUGAAUAAGGAAGUUCGUUACGCUCCAUUCGUGUCAUCUGUAGGUCCAAUCAGUACCGUAGCCCCAAUAAACCUGCAAUCUUUACCGCCUCCGCCGCCACCUCCACCACCGCCUCCACCGCCGCCGCCACCGCCAUCGCCGCCACCACCGCCACCACCCCUGCCGCUGCAGAUGCAGCAGCGUGCCUUUUCCAAGUCGAUGACAUCCCUACCACCGGAGCCGUUCAUGAUUAUGCGUUCGAAGGCUUUAAAUCGGCGCGUUUCAAUUAAUGUUGGUGGCGUGAAGCAUGAGGUACUCUGGCGUACUCUCGAGCGGUUGCCACAUACGCGCCUAGGUCGACUAAGAGACUGCAAUACCCAUGAGGCAAUAACUGAACUCUGCGACGAUUAUUCUCUAAUCGACAAUGAAUAUUUUUUCGAUCGACAUCCUAAAUCAUUUAGUUCAAUUCUUAAUUUCUAUCGUACUGGCAAGCUUCAUCUAGUAGAUGAGAUGUGCGUGUUGGCGUUUAGUGAUGAUCUCGCAUAUUGGGGUGUUGACGAGCUCUAUCUUGAAAGUUGCUGUCAGCACAAGUAUCACCAGCGUAAGGAGCACGUACACGAGGAAAUGCGUAAGGAGGCAGAGUCACUUCGACAACGUGAAGAAGAAGAAUUCGGUGAGGGAAAGUGCGCUCAAUAUCAGAAAUGGUUAUGGGAUCUUUUGGAGAAACCAACCACCUCCAUUGCGGCACGGGUGAUAGCUGUGAUAUCAAUACUCUUUAUUGUGCUUUCAACGAUCGCACUAACUCUCAACACCAUUCCUAGUAUGCAAGUAAAUGAUGAGAAGGGAAACUUUCAAGACAAUCCGCAGCUCGCUAUGGUGGAGGCUGUGUGCAUUUCGUGGUUUACUCUUGAAUACUUGCUUAGGUUCAGUGCCUCGCCGGACAAAUGGAAAUUUUUCAAAGGCGGUCUUAACGUGAUCGAUUUGCUGGCGAUACUACCAUACUUCGUAUCUUUAUUCCUGGUCGAAACCAACAAAAAUGCGAACGACCAGUUCCAGGACGUGCGCAGGGUAGUGCAGAUCUUUCGUAUAAUGCGGAUCCUAAGGAUUCUGAAAUUAGCCCGUCAUUCAACCGGGCUGCAGAGUCUCGGCUUCACUUUACGUAACUCGUAUAAAGAGUUAGGAUUAUUGAUGCUUUUCUUGGCAAUGGGCGUCCUCAUAUUCUCGAGUCUCGCCUAUUUUGCCGAGAAAGAGGAACCCGGGACCAAAUUCAUAAGCAUUCCAGAGACCUUCUGGUGGGCAGGCAUCACAAUGACCACCGUCGGAUACGGCGACAUCUACCCCACGACCCCGCUCGGCAAAGUGAUCGGCAGUGUGUGUUGUAUAUGUGGUGUCCUGGUAAUCGCGUUGCCCAUUCCCAUUAUCGUCAACAAUUUCGCCGAAUUCUACAAAAAUCAGAUGAGACGGGAAAAAGCCAUCAAAAGACGAGAGGCUCUUGAGAGGGCCAAACGGGAAGGCAGCAUCGUGUCUUUUCAUCAUAUCAACUUGAGAGACGCUUUCGCCAAGAGUAUGGAUCUCAUCGACGUCAUUGUCGAUACUGGUCAUAACAUGUCUGGAGUGGAUGGUAACAGCACGGAGGGGGAAUCUGCAUGCGGUCGUGGACCUGCUCAAACUGGGCCCGGUUGUUAUCGCAAUUAUGAACAUUAUAGUCUAUCGCGGCAUCGGCGCAGUACAUCUAAUGCUUGUUUCCCGAAUUUAUCUAAUGACCUGCCUACUACGCCUAACAGCCCAAACCGUCGGCUCCUCGAUUUUGUCCAGAAUGUACCGAGUUCCCAAAACGAUGAUUUCUAUCAGGAGAAAUUGCCGGCACAGCACGUUAACCAGGGAAAUAUGACUUCUAGCGAUGAAGAGAAAAAAGACAGCAGAAAAUUCGAGAAAAUUGAUGAAUUACCUAGUGAAUUCGAGUGUUGCUUUUGUACUACGAAGGAAUACAAAGACUUCACGGACGCGGAGAGCAUAAUGCCCCUUGCUACAAGUGACUUUCGUAACCCAGUGUGUCAAGAAAUGAGGUCCCUUAGAUUUAAUAGCGGCAAUGGUAUUGGUGGAAGCGGCGCAGAACAUUUAAGUUCAUCACUAAUGGAAUCAAAGGUCUCUCCAAUUCAGCCAUUGGAAACGUUAAGCUUCGCAAGUAUGUACAACGAGCAGGAGUAUCACUAUGCAAAGACUUACAAUGAACAGGGAAGCAUCGACAGUUCAGAUACAUAUGCAAGCUGCCAAACACAUCCGUCACAUUCACAGGGUGAUUUAACUGAAGACGCAGAUAGUAAUCUUUACAUAAAUCCUCUGGAAGCAACGGAAAAAUUCAAAACAAGUCAGAUGAAAAAAUCAAUUUCUGGUGAGGUUGGCCGAAACAUCAUCGCUGAAACAUUGCCUAGCGUUGAAUCUUUGAAGGAGGCCAGUAAAGUUAACCUGAAUGAUAUGAUGCCCAAACAUAGGAAAAUUAGAAUCCAACAAAGCAUAAAACCACGGACGCAAUUCGUUAGUGAUCAAGAGAGUAUAGUUAUGCGCAGUAUCUUAAAGGAAGAUACUGCUGCGGAAGACAACAAUAAUCAUUAUGGAGGGCUACGUGGUGGCAAACCUUCCCCGCUUAUGUCAACAAAUAGCUUGGCAUCCGCUACACGUAUAAUUAAUUAUCACAUGUUUGGGUCUCUUGGCGCGCCAAAGCAUUAUAGAGAAACAAGCGUGGAGAAUAAGCUUUCGCUAUCGGCGGACUCUAUAGAUAGUGGUGGAAUGCCAUUCAUAGACCAACACCGAAUAUCAAAGUCGAUUCUAAAGAAAUCCGAUAGUGGUAAUAAUUACUAUAGCAAUGCUGGUGAUUCGGAUACUGAGAAACUGAUUACGGACAGCAUGUCCACAGCAAGCAUAUGUGAUAAUGAGACAAGCUCAUGUGAUGCCUCAGCCAAUACAAAUAACGUGUGUACAAAAAAACGUCCGAUGUCGCCGUUAUUUUCGCGACAGGUUCUUGAAUCGAUAUUCCUUACCAAUAACAACAUUGAGAGAGAGUGUACAAGUGAUAAAGGGGAUAAAAAACUUAGCGUCUCAAGGAAGUCGAGAAUUCUAUUUAGUGAUAUUGAAGAGGAAAAACAUGCUCGUGAUGAAGCAGUAGUGGAGAAUCAAAAUAAAGAAUUGGAUGACCAGUCAUGGAGAUCAAAGAUACGUGUACAGGAGCAAUCUAAGGAAACUAUGUUAAUACUACGUCCCUACAAAACGAAGAAAUCGAUGACAGAGGAAAAAAAGAAAACUAAUAAAUUGAGUGGACAUAGUUCUUCCACAACUUAUAAGAUGUCUGACGCGAAUUAUUUUUCUCCGAAAUACAAUUUUUCAUCGUAACUACUUCCUCAAUUUCAAUAAUUUUUUAGGCAUUAUAUUAUGUAGUUGCAUUAUCAUCGGACAAUCGCAUAACACAUGCUCAUAUAAUAAUUCAUUAUCUGUGCCUACUAAUUGUGGUAGCAUCGAUAGUAUCAGAUUAAUUAAUUGUAUAAUACAAUUAGGCCUGUUAAAAUUUAUUCCAAUAUUUUGUCCUUAAUCUUUCAUAAAACCAAUGAAAAAACAAUAAUUAAUUAAUCAUGACAGCGGCACAAUUGAUUAUUUCAGUAAACAUAUGUAUAUGUAAAUAUAGGAAUCACAAUAAUACAUAAUCAACGAUUGUUAACGUUCAUGUAAUGAUAUUAAUACGAAAUAGUAUCAGAAGAUUAUAUAAUAUAUAAUAAUUGGCUAUCAUUGCACAAUGUGAUCAAUAAUGU